UAAAUAAUAAACCGAAACUUGUUUGAAUGUUCGGUUACCAUAGGGACAAUCCAAGAAUAUCAAUAAACAAGGAGAAGUAACGCCGCAGUGUUUAGUGCAAAGCUUUGUUAGAGAUGGAAUUGGAAUUAACUAGGGUGGAUUACACCAUAAUCGGGGUGAAUUCUAACAAUUGCAUGAAAUUGGUGCCCAUCGAUAACAACCGCGAACAGCAAAAGAUAGCCGUAGCCGAUAACGAUGGAGUCCUGCAGGUGUUCUCCAUCAGGAAGGAAGACGUGUCUUUACACUUCAAGACGCUGCCGGGUCCCAAAUGCACGUCCCUGCAACUUGCUGGAGCUCAAGGAACGCUAAGCGAUAAGAUCUUCAUAGCCUCGGAGAACGAAGUCCGAGGAUACACGAAGAAGGGAAAGCUGUUCCUGAGCUUCGACACGAACCUCACCGAGCCGAUCUCCUCCAUGUAUGUCCUGGGCAGCGAUCUUUUCAUCUGCGGUAAACACAUCUACAAUCAGUAUCGCGACUGUAAGGACAUCGGCUCGUACCUUUGCGGUGAUCGCAUCGUCGAUGUCAUAGCUCUGUACCCGGAAAAGUCCUAUCGAUUGAUAUCUCUAAUAGCUUGCGAAGGUCGAAUGAUCAGGACUCUGGAGCACGCCCGAGUCACUCAUAGCAUUGUGAUCGAAAGCUCUCCAACUCUUCUCUACAUUUACGAGGAAGAAGGCUCAAAACACGUCAUCUUCGGGACGGUAGAUGGCAAAAUCGGAUUAUUGGAUUUGGAUAGAUCUCAUUCAUUCAAGAAAUGGUUGAUCUCCAAUCCCGAUAAUUCAAGCGCCGUUUCUUGCUUGAACUGCUACGACUUCACCAAAGAUGGAAUCAACAAUUUGAUAAUCGGUCGCAACGACGGAAAUAUCGAAGUUUACACCAUCCACAUCUCCGACCCAAUGGACCAGGCCGUCCUGAUCUUCUCAUACAACUGCAACGAAAGCGUGACUUCUCUGCAAUGCGGAAUAGUCGGAAGUGUUGGAUACGACGAAAUCCUAGUCUCAACAUACACUGGGAGGAUCUUCGGGUUAACUACGGAGACGACGGAUAAGAACGUCGGUGGAGAUAGUACCAGCGGCAACUAUAUUUUCUCAGUGGAUACAACGCAAAAGAUCAUCAAAUUACGCAAUGAAAUUGAAGAACUUCAAGGCUCGUUGGUGAAGGAGCGCGAGAAGUAUCAGUCUCUAACUUACAGCUUCAUGGACGAUUUCUCGGCCAUCCCAACUUUAACCAUCAAGGAUUCACUAGUACUCUCCAAAUCCGGGGCGUCUUAUACUUUAACUCUCGAGGUUCCAACGGCCAUCGACAACGUGCUGCUGCAGAGCGACGUUCCCAUAGACCUAUUGGACGUGGAGAAGAACUCGGCUGUUGUGAGUUACAGCGAAGCCGAUCCAAAAAAAGAGAACUAUUUAUUGGCAACUUACCGCUGUCAAAUAAACACGAACAGAUUGGAGGUGAAGAUCCGAACAAUCGAAGGACAAUACGGCACUCUACAGGCUUACGUAACACCUCUGAUCCAACCGAAGUUCUGUCAACUUCGGCAGUACAGCAUCAAGCCGCUUUCGCUUCAUCUCAGGAUACAUCAUUUUGAUGAGAAUCGGCCCUACAACGUGCUCACCGUGAAAGGCACCUUCAGCUUGGCAGAGAUCCACGCUUGGAUCAGCAAUUGCUUGCCCGAAGUUCCCGAAAAACCUAAUCCCAUGGAAGACACCGUUCUUAACUUUCAGUCGGCUUUCUUGGACACCAUGCUGCAGUGCAAAUACAUGAAAGGAGAGGGGAUCUUCAAAUCCGACAACGUCUCGACCAUCUCGAUUCUUAAAGAAUACCUGAGCAAAGAAGCGACUAGGAAGAACACUAAAUUCGAAGUGAACGCUGCAAUCAAUGAUGACAGUAUAAAUCAUGUUCUGAAUAUGAUCGAUCCAAAGCUGAACGGACAUAUACAGCUGGCCAACAAGGUGGCGUUGAUGGACGCGCUGCAAGAGCUGGAGAUCAACGACGAAGAGUCUGUGGGUUAUCUGACUGAGAACUACAGGAAUUUGCUUGUGAACAAGGCGAGCAUUCGGGCAGAGUUCAGCAGCCAACCGUCCUAUUUGGACAGGCUGCAUGGAAUCAUAACGGACUUGUACAUCGAUUACUAUAAAUUUAAAGGAAUGAACGUGAAGGCGAAGGUGCCCAGACUCCUGGAGGUCCUGCAGAGGUACACGUACACGGAGCUGCUGCACAUAUUCAGGCCCACCUACGUCUGAAGAUGAAGCAAUCUCUCU